AUGGAAUCUACAAUAUCUCCUCGUGAGUUCUUCGUAGUCCAGUACCCAGGGAUAGUGAAGAACGAUGAACGCGCGAUCGAGACUCUGGGAGGAUUGCAAUCGCUAAAUAAGUCUUUCAAUUCACUUACACGACGUCUACGUCUUUCGUUCAGACCGGAAAUGCUUUUUUCGAAGCCAGUCUACGGCGAUCCCCACUCUAAAACAGCGCUUAUCAUCUGUGCCAAGCAACUCAGAAAUCGUCGCACUGGAGAAGUUAAAGCUUCUGACAUACCCCUUUUUCUACCUCCCCUUCUCUUCACUCGACUUGAUCAACCCACCAUGUAUUGUUUCUCGUCACGCUUCCGCAUAAAUGAGUAUGUGGAACUGGAAAACAAUAGUCAGCAACAUCCUUACCAUCGAAAGGAGCGCAAAAGCUAUGCAAUGUUUGUUAACUUUGGAGAUCCCAUUCCAUCAGCUGCUCAUCCUGGAGCUCUACAAGCGAUCACAAGCCUAGGACCGCAUACACGAAAGCUGGCUAAUGAUGUUGAAAAGUUAUUCCGCCGGCGUCCCAUCUGGGGUAAGGCGUCCUUGGUUCACAGCUUAAACUGGAAGCGUGUUCGUGAGUGCGCGAUUAAAACAAUUCUCCCUGCCUAUGCCUACUACAUGCCAAAUGGACCUUGGGGUCGCGUCUGGGUCCGAUUCGGAUACGAUCCGUGCAAAGAUCCCUCUUCUCGUAUGUAUCAGACUGUUGACUAUCGCGUACGCUCACCUCGGUUGCAAGCCAAGCUGUGCAUUUCGGGUCGCAGACCACGAGCAGAUGAUCGUGAAGAUACUGAUCCCUCCGGCUCGGAUGUAGACGAGGCUAGAGACACCUCUAUCAUUGACGCCACAUUGGCCGCUAUGCGCUCGGGGGAGUCACCGUCGCCUGUUCAUGCAUCAUCAAAGAGCACCAGUGCUUUUCGCUUUAGCAAGACUAGCUGGCCAGAUGCUAGGCAGAUUCUUUAUCAAUUGGUUGACAUCGACGUCCCCGAGGUGGUGGAGAUGUUGGCAGCACCCAUGUGUCGAACAGUCUGUGAUCCAAACUACGGUUGGAUGCCCGCUGAUUAUCAGAAGACCAUCCGGGAAAUCAUGACUCGCUAUCUGGAGACAUGGGUCCUGGGGAAUGCCACUUUUUCAAAGACCACAUGA